AUGAUUUCAUCUUGUCCCAAGGUUUAUGAUUUAAAACUCGCAAAUAUCAAAGACUCAUGUGGAGUUACUCCUGAGCGAUUCCCUCAACUUAAACUGGCAACCUUCGAUAAUGUGUCUGCUGAAGUGGUUACUCAGGUGGUUACUAUUCCCACAGUGCACGUGGUGACCAUCAAUACGUUUUAUGAUGCUUUCCCUGCUAACAUAAAUGAAGUGCAUGUUUUCAAUGGAGUUGGUUCAAGCUUAGGUUUGGAAGAUGAAGUUCUUGAUGAAUUGUUGUCAGUGAAUGGAACCAAAAUCUAUUCUAUCAGUUCUGAUUUUGCGUUUCUGCUGACAAUUCCUUCAUCGAUAAAAAGAUUGAAUAUUAUAGGGAACACCGAGGUUAAUUUCCCACCGGAGCUUGAAAGCUUGAAAUGGGAUUCACCUUUAUAUGGGUUUCAUUAUCCGAUAAACUUGACUCUGCUUCAUAUCACCAAGGGUCCCUCAAGCAUUCCGACUUUUUAUGAGUUUAUGAAUCUUCGGCUGCUUACAUACACAGAUAGUGAGCUUGAAAUUGCUGUUAUCGAAGCACCGAAAAUUCGUAUGAUCGACCUACGAAACAAUCGAGUCAAAAAGGUCAGCGUACCCAUGUCUACUCGAACUUUGAAACUUGAAGGAAAUCAAAUGAGUUUUUUGCCUCCUAUAUCACAUUUGACUCAACUUCAAUCCUUGACAGUGCUGUCUCCUAACUUGAAAGAGAUAAAUGCUGAUUGUCCUAAAUUGACAUCACUUCGAAUUAACGGUGAAAAGGUAGAGAGUAUUGUGGUACAAGAACUGGUUGAAAAAUUAGACUAUGACAACAUGAUGUCUCUACGAGAAGUUAAAAUUGGAAACCGGGCCAAAUCAGGCACGAUUGCCAUCUCCAAGUAUCUGAAGCAGGUUCACUCAGGGAGAGUUGCAAUCAACUACCAUCCUGAAACUACUCGCCUACGAUUGAUUCUCCAUGGUCCUUGCUCGCCCAGUUACUUCAUCUUUCCUCAAACCCUUGAAACUUUGAUAUUGCAUUACCACCACUAUCAUCAACCUUUGGAUUUGUCGAGAUCGUCGAUUACAAACUUCGUACUCAAAGUGGAGGAAGUCAUUGAGCACGCAGUGAUAUUGCCUCAGCUGGUGGAGUACUUGGAGAUCUCCUGCAAGUCAAAUCGAGUUCCCAUUGAGUUUGUUAAACCGUCACGAAUCCGAGAAUUGUGGAUUUUACCUGAUUCCAACGACUCGUCGUUACCAUUGAGUUGGAAAUGGCAACAGUUCAACCGACAAAGCUAUCCAAAUUUGCGGAAGAUCAAUGGUAAACAUCCAGAGCUGUUUAUACGUGAACUUAGAAGUAAAUCGUGUUUUAUCACUUAA